AUGGACAACAAACUUCAGUAUGCUGCAGGCUUCAUCAUUACCUUGCUUUUGGUGUUUCUGGGCUCCCGCCUGCUCUUGAAUCCUCUCAGGGGAUACCCGGGGCCUUUGGUGGGCCGGAUUACAAACGGCUAUGCUGGCUGGCAUGCCAUAAAGGGAGAUGUUCAUCUCAUUGUUCUAACGUCCAAGGGAAAAGGACCUGUCGUUCAGCAAGCCCCAAACAGACUCGUGUUCAACACGUUGACCGCCAUCCAAGAUAUAUACUUGAACCCUCGCGUCGCAAAGGCUCCAAUCUAUGCGUAUGCCCGCUUUCGAAGCACGCCGAGCGUCUUUACUGCACUGGACAGAGCCGACCACCGACGUCGGCGCAGAGUCGUGGGACAGGCCAUAUCCGAACGCUCCAUGCGCGACUUUGAGCCAAUCAUGAUGUCGCAGAUUGAUGUGUUUCUCGCAAAACUGCUGCGCUCUAGCCAGCAAAAAGACGUCGUUGAAAUGACGUCGUGCUGCAAGUAUCUCGCCAUGGACGUUGUAGGACUCCUCGCCUUUGGUGCUUCUUGGAACACACAAACGGAAGAGAAACUCAGAAUCCUACCUAGGGCGUUUUCUGCCCUAAACCCCCGGGUAUACCUGUUCAUGAAUUGGCCAAAGACACACAAGAUUGACCCGGGAGUGCAAUGGCUCGUUCGCGAGCGCAUUGAAAAGUUCCGUAAAAUCCUGGCAGGGUUUAUAGCUGAUCGCAUGGCCCUGCCCAGAGACGCAAAGCACGACCUCUUUUCAUUCGUUGCCAGCGACGAGAGAAUUGACCAGGCGCAGAACGAAGGCAUCCGGAAAAGUGAAAUAUGGGGCGAGGCGGGUGGAACAACUACAGGGACAGCCAUGUGUACCGUCUUCUACUACCUUUCCAGGAACCCAUCAGCCUACGCAGAACUCGCUUCAGAAGUGCGGACGACGUUCUCCUCCGGCCGUGACAUUCGUCAUGGACCAGAGCUCGCGGGGUGCAAGUACCUCCGCGCCGUCAUUGACGAGUCCUUGCGUAUUUCUCCUCCAACGCCUGGUGUCAUGUGGCGCGAGAAGGAUCCGCUCUCUCCCGAGCCUCUCAUUGUCGAUGGUCACGUCAUACCUCCAGGAACCUUUGUAGGCGUGGGCACUUACAGCUUGAUGCACAAUCCAGAGUACUUUCCAGAGCCAUUUGCUUUCCGUCCCGAGCGCUGGUUGGAGGGCGGCAACGAUGAGACCCCUGAGGGAAAGGAUGCACGGUCGGCAAUGCGGCGCGCCUUCAUUCCUUUCAUUCUGGGCGAUCGUGCCUGUGCCGGUAAGGCUGUGGCGUACCUCGAAAUUAGCCUGACUGUCGCCAAGACAAUGUGGUAUUUCGAUUUCCAGAGGGCCCCGGGACUGACUGGUGAGCUUGGAAGUGGCCGCAAAGGUGCCGGCGGGGGUAGAGAUCGGCCAGAUGAGUACCAGCUUUACGACUAUUUCAUGGCAGACCAUGAAGGACCCAAUUUGAUUUUUAGCCCCCGAGACAAGCAUUGUGAGGGACUGGUCUAG